AUGCUGCAUUGUGUUGCAAUACAUUAUUUAUAUACAGAUGAAAUAGAUCCCAUAGGAGAAGACCAGUUUCUGGUAGAGAGUCAGGUUCCUGAGAGCUCACAAGUUUAUUGUGUCCGUUUUUCAGCACCUGACUUUCCAGUACCAUCCUGUGACUGUGAGGACUGGACCAAACAUCAUUUGCCUUGUAAACACUUUUUUGCAGUCAUUAGAAAUGUUUCUGGUUGGCAUUGGGAGAAACUACCCGUAGAGUACAGGAACAAUCCCUUCCUGACAUUAGAUGAGAGCGUUCUUUGCGAGUUCAGUUCAACAUCUAAUGACACUCAUACCGAUUGCAAAGAAGAACAAGAGUCAAGAAGAGAGACCAAUACAGACAGCAACAUACAAGAAAUUCUUUUAUCAUCAAAAUCUAGAAUUUCUAAAAUUAGAUCCAGCAUCAACAGCUACUGUCAGAUGAUUAGGGACUAUUCUUACUCUUGUAAAGACGAAGAAAUUUUGCAAACCCUCAAUUCCAAAUUGCAGGAUACAUUAGAUAGUUUUACAACUAGUCUCAGUGAAACUAACAUACUCCUUGUAGAUCAUCCAAAGAAACAAAUGACCCACAUCGCAACAACACCACCAAAACGAGUAAAUAGGCUUUCCCUUUCAAAGAGAAGAAACAAAGGAGUUGGGAGACAUGGUUCAUCUGCUGAGAGUAUGCGAAAGCAUACAUCCAAGGGUGUACAUGACCUAUUAACACAUGUUAAUGAGAGCAAUGUGGUGGCAGAGAUCAUUACCAUUGAAGAUCAUCAACAUCCACAUUUAGAAACAAAUGGAAGGAAGGGUAUAUUAAAGAAAACACACGAAUGUAUAAAACAGGUGAAGAAGGUACAUUUUCCAGAUACUGGUACCAUGCCUCAAACAGUUACAAAAUAUCAAGAAAUGGAUUAUAAGGAAGCUUUCGAGGAAGUGAACAAAAUUUGGAGUAUGGAAAAAAGCACAGGGUUUUUUAUUGGAAGAGUAAGCAAUUUCAACAUCACAGAUGAGGACAUAAGGUCCCUAAAUGGUACAAACUGGGUGACUGAUCAGGUUAUUGAUGCAUAUUUAGCUGCCAUUGUUCAAAAAGAAAUUGAGAAAGGCAACAAGGUUGCUCUAUAUCCAUCACAAACUAUGACUCAGAUAAUGGAAGGAACUUUUUCAGUCAGAAAGAGUCGCAGGAAGUUGAAGUUAUAUGAGUGCUCUGCAAUAAUUGGAGCUAUCUAUAAAAAUCGUCAUUGGACUCUUGUGAUUGUUGAUCCUUUGAAGGGUGUCAUACAUUACUUUAAUCCCCUGAAAGAGACCCGAAUACAACUUGAAGAAAUAAAGAGAAACUGGUGUUUGUUCACCGGUGAGAGGAUGCUUACAUACAAUGAAGUGGAGACAAGGAAUUGGGCUGUUCUCACAAGAGAACACUCUAAACAGAGAGACAGUUUCAAUUGUGGCGUGUAUUGUUUGAUAUUUGCUGAACAGUAUUUCAACCAGCAACCCAUUGACAAUGCUUCAAAUGCAGACCUAAAGAGAGCAAGGGAAAAAAUAGCAAGUUCUCUAAUGAUGUACAAUGUUUACAGCACAGACCGCUGUCCUUGUUGUGGAUUUCUGACAUAUGCAGAAGAAACAGUAAGCUAUUAA